GCCCUGCAGCCCCCCAGCUCGAGCCCUGCUUGCGGAUCCCUUGCCCUGCGCAGCACCAUGAAGGUCACUACAGCCGCCCUGAUCGCUCUCCUCCUCGCAAUCUCCUGCGUCCUGUCUGAGGCCCAUCUUGAUGGCGUCCCCACUACCUGCUGCUUCAGCUACCAGCAACGCCCCGUCCCACGGGGCCUCAUUGCCUCUAUCUACAUCACCAGCAGCAGCUGUGCCCAGCCAGGGGUGAUCCUGGUCACCAAGAAGAAGAAGGAGUUGUGCACGGACCCCCAGGCGCCCUGGGUGCAGGCGCAUCUGAAGCACUUCCAGACCCCGAAGAACUGACCCCUCCCUGCUGCCACCUGCGAUGGCCCCGGUGCGACCCCCAGCAGGCUUGUCAUCCAGCCCCAAGCUUGCAAGAACUGCAGCCGUCUUCAACAGGAACAUUUAUUCUAUUUAACUUAUUUAAGUUAAAUUAAGUAUUUUUUGCUAAGUGAAAAUAUAAACUGUAUAAAAAUAAUAACUUAAAAUAAUUUAAACUAUAUCAGUGUGCCUGUCAAUGAAGAGUCAGGAGUUUUGAUGCCUAA